AUGGCCCCCAAAGGUCUUCAGCAGCUGCCAGAAGAGCUGCUGCUUGAGAUCGUCCGCUCUGUCGUGAACCCUGCGCCGAGUCGAACGUUCUCCAAGACCAAGCAUGCGCAAGAAUUUGUACGGGCGAAGUGUCUUUCCCUAGUUUCACGUCGUUUCCGGAGCCUAGUCGAGCCGCUUGCCUAUCGCAAAUUGGUCUUUACCGACGAGUCGACUCACGAUAGCCUAGGCAGAAGUGAGUAUGCCUAUCACCUAGCCGAGGCACUCAAGACGAGAACAGUCCCGGUGCCUCAAUUCAACUUCCUCGCUACGAACCAGGCCGUGGCUCAGUACAUACGCCACUUUCGCUGCCGCUGGGUCAACAUGCCGCAUGGUGGUGGAAUCAUUGCGACACUCAACGCCGCUCCAUUCAGGGCCUAUGUCCGCGAGAUAUACUCUCCUGGCUUUAGCCGGUUUCUGGAAGACUUGCUGGCCGGUAUUACUCGACUACCGGGCGUUGGAUUGCUCCGUGGCCCAGGGCCUGCUGGAGCAUUCCAUUUCCAACGCCGCCCUCGCGACAUUGGACUCGACCUGCUCGCCAUCUUCGCGCUGACUCUCGCGCACAGUGUCGAGGCCGUCACGCUGUCGAUUGCGGAGGAUCACGACAAGACGCCGCCGGAUCGGUUCUUUGCUUUCUGUAGUGCCCAGAGGAGAGUGGCCAGCGCAGCCCUCGAGUCGUGUCUGGUGUCCGCGUGCCUCGAACGGCCUCUCGCCGGCGCACCAACUGAAGGUGAUGCCGGCGAUGAUGAUUACCACGGCGCCAUACGUCAUCCGACGCUCAAACAUCUCGAGUUCACAGAAUCGGAGAUGUCCCGCCGCGGCGGCUGUGAGAUUGUCGCUCACCUGCUAAACACGUACCCCCGCCUGGAGACCUUAGUGUUGAAGGUGCAACCGUACGGCCCUUAUGUUGGGCUAGAUGAUCAGCCUGGGGACCAUCAGAUAGGCACGAGUUACCAUGGCUUCGCCCGUGCCCUCAGAGCACAUGGCCGGCGUCUGCGCCGCUUCGAUCUCGACCUCUACGAAAUGUCUCCGGGCGAAUGGGAGCCGGAGGACUACGAGGUGGACGACGACGGCUCACUGGGCGGUCUGAGGGGGCAUCUCACCGAGCUCGAAGAGCCCGACCUGGGCGACUUUCUGCCGCCGAGUCUGCGCUAUCUGUGGCUUCGCCUCUCCGUCGACACCCUUGGCUCGCACCGGGCGGCUCUCCUGGCAGACGCGAGUGUCCUGGCGACCACGCUGCGCAGCUCGGCCGAGAAGCUGCCCCGGCUGGAGUAUGUGCUCGCCGAGAUGGCUACUGAGGACACGCACUCGCCCUGUGCCGUUGCCGAAGUGCCUGCGGGUUGGACGGAGGAGAAGAUCGAAGACCAGUAUUAUUUGUUCCGACGGGAUGGACAAGCGACGCUGGCGACAGGAGGGGCGCGUGAGCCCAACCGCAAUAACAGCAAUGUGCUGUCCAAAGCAGAGCACUCGGAAGGGUGGGAGCACGUGCUACACGAGAUCAUCUCCGGCUGA